AUGAGAGUGGUCCAAUUCCUAUUACUUCUCGGAUUUGUUCUAUCUGCCGAAUCGGUGCUGGUUCCAGAAUUGAAAACUUGGGCGGUUGAUCGUUUCAUACAAUGUGUUCACUGUAUGGACUAUGACCGUAGUCACAUCUCUCUUUUUGGUUGCAAACCACGCCGGCCAAUUCUUUGUAACGGGAAUGCGUGCUUUAUGAGAUUUCACAAAGAGAUUGCUCGUCCGUCAGUGAUGUAUACCAGUGGUUGUUUGAAUUUGACAACCGCCGAAAUGGAAACUAUUGCGUUGGCUCAAAAACAGUAG